UCCCAAUUAUAGAAAUGGCUGAGGAGGAAGAGAUAAAGCAAAAGACCCAACAAAUGGAGGAGAAAAGCACUUACAAAGUUUGUGUUACAGGAGGUGCAGGGUACAUAGGUUCUUCUCUUGUUAAAAAACUUUUGGAUAAAGGUUACAUUGUUCAUGCUACACUAAGAAACUUAGAGGAUGAGUCAAAAGUGGGACUGUUGAAGAGCUUAAGUGGUGCAGAUGAAAGAUUAAAGUUAUUUGAAGCUGACAUUUAUAGAGCAGAGGAAUUUGAGAAAGCUAUUCAAGGCUGUGAAUUUGUUUUCCAUGUUGCUACCCCUUUAUUGCAUUCUCAAGGAUCUCAGUAUAAAGACAGAACAGAAGCAACAGUUGAUGGAGUGAAGAAAAUUGGAAGGAUUUGCCUUAAAAGUGGGACAGUUAAGAGACUUAUCUAUACUGCCUCUAUUGUAGCUGCCUCCCCAUUGAAGGAAGAUGGAAUUACUUUCAAACAAUUAAUAGAUGAAACAUGUUGAACACCUCUUAAUUUCUCAAAUCCUUACUCUCAGCAGUGGCUUUGGGUGAGCCUAAUAAUUUUA